AUGAGCUAUCCCGCUCCUUAUAAUCCGAUUGAAGGUAUUCCAGAAAUAUUUAGGGCCAAGUUAUUUAAAUUAGAUUAAUAGUCUAAUACAUGGAGAGAUAUAGGGCUUGGAUAUCCAAAAAUUAUUUAAACAAGCAGCAGCGAGGGUUAUUUGUUGAAAUUCUAUUUGGAAAAGAAUAAAUCUGAAGUAUUUUCAGAAAACUUGUCUAACGAUCUAAUAAUAGAAAAUCCUAAAGAAAAAUAAAUAACUAUUUCAAAUGAUUUGACAGAAGACGAUAUUGCUAUCAGCUUUUAAAAUGAAGCAGGUAGACUCGCUCUUUGGAAAUAGAUCAAGGAAGUUAAAUCAAAUAUAAGCUAUCAAAAACAAGAAGACGAAUUUAGAUCAUACAAAAAGUAAUUUGAAGAGGCUGAGGAAGAAGGAUAAUUUAUUCUUCCUAUUCCUAAUAUAAAUAAUUUAGAGGCCUUUUUGAAGAUUUUAAUGGACACUCCAGCAGAAGACAGAAAUGUUAUUUCUUCAGAAAUGAUGGUUAGACAAUCUGUCUUGUUUAGAAAUUUUAGAGAAGUCUUCAACAAGUGUGAAAAGGAGAAUAAUUUAGACGCAUUGAAUACCCUCUGUUAAAUAUUUAAGUCACUGAUAUUUUACUCAGAGCAUGAAUUACUCUAAGUCUUAUUGAAUGAAGAAAACUACAUCUUAACAUUUGGAAUCCUUGAGUACGAUGAGUAAAUGUACAACAAACAGAAGGAGACUCACAGAUAGUUCUUUCAGAAGAGAGCAAAGUUCUUAUCAGUUGUUUAAUUCAAAGACCAAUCAAAGUUAGAUGAUAUUCACUUCAAUUUCAGACUUUAGUAUUUAAGAGACUCAGCACUUGCUCACAUUUUAGACGAGUCUACUCUAAAUCUAAUGAACUUGAUAAGUCAAAGAAUAUAUAAAAACUUGAUUCAGUACAUUAUCACAAGCAGAGAAAUGAUUUCUCAGAUUUUGAAUGCUUUGAAUCUAAAAGAUUAUCAGUCUCUUUGUAUGGUUUAUGAUAUGUUUUAGUCUAUGAAAAAUAUGGAUAAUUUCUUAGAAACUUCUAUUAGUAUUUAUGAUGCUUUCUAUGAGAGAACAAUAUUCGAAAUGCUAGAUUCAUUUUUAAGAAAUUAUGAGAAGCCUAAUUAAGGAAAUUAAAUGCAAUCGUUUGGUAUUCAAAGAAAAAAAUAGUAAAUAUUAGAUGAAAAUUAGUUAGAAAUGAUCCCUUAAAUGAUUGUUUCAAUAUUGAUUCAAUACAUGAACAAUAAACCACAGUUAUUAUUAAAAUACAUGAGAAGCAUGGAAGAGAAAGUCCAAAAAUACAAAUUUUUCUAAUUGAUCUGUGAAUCAGUUAUGAAUCAGAAAUAUACAAAUAACUAAUUAUAUUUUAGCGAUCUUCUUAAGCUAAUUUUGGAAAAUUCUGUCAAGAAUGAUGAAGAUUAUGUUUUCAUUGAAUAAUUCUUGCAAAUACAUUUAGGAAAAAUGCUUGAUAUUUUCUACACUGCAGAUUAUAGUGAAGAAAAGAUCUUUGGUAGGAUAUUGCUUAUAGAUAUUAUUGUUAAUAUACUUAAAAACUUAGACAAUAUUUGCAUGUGUAUACCAAAUCUGACAUAUGAAGUAUUUUUCUCUAUUCCAUAAAAAAUGCUUCCAUUAUUUCACAAAAACCUAAAGCAUUUGCACUCUUAAAUAAUUAGUCUUUACAUAUCCUACAUCGAAAUAAAUAAACCUGAAUUCCACUAAGUAUUAUAUGAUGUACUAGUUCCACUUACAACAUAUCUAGUUAAAAAAAUUAAAAACAAAAACAAUCUCAUCUACUCAGAAAUUAUUAAACUGUUCAAACUUGCUUAAACAAGUUAGAUUUUAAUUAGUGGAUUACAACAAAUCCAUUUACAGUUUGAAAAGAACAUAGUAUAUCAACAUUUCUUAAAUGACAUUAGGAAGAGUAUUCCACCAGAAGAAAACAAUUCCAGCUAAGCUACAAACAGUUUGUUUAAUAUCACAAAUGUCAAAAUCAGUUUGGAUAGUCACAAAAGAUUUGAUAAUAUUUUAGGAAAAGACGAAAUCGAUAUAGAUUUUAUUAGAAAAAGUUCUUAAAAUUCAAGUCCAAAAUCCCCAGUUGGCUCUAACUCAUCAAGUCCAAUAAAACAGAGUUAAAAUUUUAAUAAUUAUGAAGAUGAUGAUCAUGAAGUGUAAGACAUUGUACAAAAGCGUUUCAAGAGUAGUUCACAAUGA